AUGGCCUCUCUGCUUUUCUUUCCCGUAGAUCAGACGUACGGGGAGGUGAAUCAGCUGGGAGGCGUUUUCGUUAACGGGAGACCACUUCCCAACGCGAUCAGACUGAGAAUCGUAGAGCUGGCUCAGCUAGGGAUCAGACCCUGCGACAUCAGUAGGCAACUCCGCGUCUCCCACGGAUGCGUGAGCAAAAUCCUAGCCCGUUACAAUGAAACGGGCUCCAUCUUACCCGGGGCUAUCGGGGGAAGCAAGCCCAGGGUCACCACCCCGACUGUGGUGAAAUACAUCAGGGAAUACAAGCAAGGAGACCCGGGCAUCUUCGCUUGGGAGAUACGAGACAGGCUCUUGGCCGACGCGGUUUGUGACAAGUACAAUGUCCCUUCCGUCAGUUCCAUUAGCAGGAUCCUGAGAAACAAAAUCGGCAAUCUUUCACAUUCGGGCCAGUGCGAGACCGGCAAACAGCUUCCUCCGCAACCGACGCUGUCUUACAAUCCCAUUUACCAGUACUCCUACCCCAACCACAUGUCAUCAGCCGCCGCAAAAAUGAGCAGUACUACGGGGGUCCCCGUGCCAGGGGUUACGGGACAUGUCGGGAUCCACAGAGCCUGGCCGAGCGCCCAUUCUGUCACCAAUAUCCUGGGACUCCGAAGCCUCGUUGAACAGUCAGCUGCCCUUGGCGGAACUGAGGCUUCAGCGUAUCAAACAAAAGUGGAGGAUUGGAAUAACGUCAACAGAGCAAGCUUCCCAUCAACUCAAAGUGUCAACGGGAUAGAGAAGCAGGCGAUCGAUCCGGAUCUGAAAUACUCCCAGCCUCCUUCCGCACUGCCUGCUGUGAGUAGUUUCGUUCCUCCUUGCGCAGUUGGGCCUUAUCCCUCGUCAAACCAGGUGCCGAGCUACGGAGUGUACGGGGGUCCUGGAGCGGGUUACAUGACUGGCCACCCCUGGCAGUCCCAGGGCAGUAGUCUGUCUCACUCUGGGCCAGGGAUUACUAUGCACGGCGGAGACAUUCACGCACCCAUGCCCUUCAAACACCUCUCGGCCAGAGAAGUGGAGGACAGAAAACCCGGGAGCCCCGUUAGCAAGCCCCCAGAAGCUCUCAGGAACACGCACGGCCUCUCAAUCUCAGCCUCCAGCACGUAA